AACCAAUUGUGCGUUGAACGACUUUGUCAAUCUUUCCAACGGUACAUAUAUUCUUCUACCCACACUCUUCCUAGCCGUUGGAGCCAACCUUCCUUGUGAUUUACUUUCAGAGUUUCAAUGGCAAUGCAGAUAAGCAUCUCAACAUCAUCCACCUUAAUGAAGGAAAACAAUAACAUACCCACUAAUCAAAACAAUAUGAAUGCUGAUUCAUUUUGUUCUUUGAAAAGGAAAAGACCACCCAAUAUUGAGAUCCCCACUACUACUAUUUUAUCUGAGAUUCCUCUGAAUUCUUUAAAUGCUGCUGCUGACACUAACACUACUACACCCAUCUGCUUUGUUGGUAAUGGUGUCGCCUUUUUCUCCCGUAAAGGCAAGAAAACUUUCAUGGAAGAUACUCACAACAUCAUUUCUACCUCACAUCCCAAAAGGGGUUUUUUUGGGGUAUAUGAUGGACAUGGGGGCAGAAAGGCUGCAGAAUUUGUGGCAGAGAACUUGCACUCUUAUGUAUUUGAAAUGCUUGACAAUGGUUCCAGCAUGACGAAAGAAAAAGCUAUUGAGGCGGCUUAUAUCAAAAUUGAUCAGCACUUCUUGAAACAGGGUGUAGGCAGUGGUGCUUGCUGUGUGACGGCAUUAAUUGAAGGAAAGGAGAUUAUAGUUUCAAAUGUGGGAGACUGUAAAGCUGUUCUAUGUAGAAGUGGAGUUGCUGAAGCCAUCACAAGAGAUCAUAGAGCUGAAAGGGAGGAUGAGCGCAAAAGAAUAGAGGAUAAGGGAGGAUAUGUGGAAUUUCAUAAAGGAGGUUGGAGAGUACAUGGUGUUCUUUCUGUCUCUAGAAGCAUUGGAGAUGCUCAUUUGAAGGAUUGGGUAUCAGCUCAACCUGACACCAACACACUCACUUUGACACCAGAUAUGGAAUACCUUGUUUUAGCUUCUGAUGGUCUUUGGGAUCAGGUGGGCAAUCAGGAAGCCAUGGAUCUCAUAAUGCAGGCAUGUCCGAGGGAAAAGAGCAAGCAACUUCCAGUGACUACUUUAAAUGAAAAGGGAGACGAAAUUGAUUGUGUAAGUAAAAGUCCUUUAUCAAAGUUACAACGAGUUUCCCCAGUCAAGUCAAAUAGAACGAAAAGUUGUUCUCCAUGCUGUAAGAAAAUUGUCAACGACUGGAUGACAAGUGAAGAUGAAAAUAGCACUCAACUUCCAGUGGAUACUUUAAAUGAAAAGAGAACCGAAUUUGAUUGUGUAAGUAAAAGUCCUUCAUCAAAGUUACGACGAGUUUCCAUAAUCAAGUCAAACGGAAUCAAAAGCUGCUCUCCAUGCUGUAAGAAAACUGUCAACGACUGGAUGACAAGUGAAGAUGAAUCUGGCAAUGAAAAUGAAGGUCCUCCGGCAAAGGCUAGGCGAAUUUCAACAGUGAACCAAACAAAUAUGAAGAUGAAAAUUUAUUCCCCAAACCAAGAAAACAGUGGUUUGAACAAGAAGCAACAUUCCAAUGCGCUUGUGGCUGCUGGCAGAGAACUUGGAAACCUUGCUGUCUCAAGGGGUAGUUCGGAUGAUAUCACUGUAAUGAUAAUCGAUCUGAGUCACUUCAAAUUCUAGUUUCGAUACUGUUAGUUCAGUCAACCUUAGGAAGUUUCAGUUGCAUAUAUAAUACCUCCAAGAUUAACACUGA